AUGACGUUCCUUUUUCGGAAACAACCGAGAAGAACUGCGCUCCACACAAGCGGCACAAAUCGGGCGUACACUCGAAACCCUGUGUGCUACGUUCUCAACGUUGUCCAACAACCAACACCAUCCCCCUCUUUCCUCGCUCGCUUUCGAUUUCGAACAGCAAAGAUGUUGCGAACACUCGUGCGGAGAGCACACGUACACAAACCAGGCUUCCGAUUCCCCGAUAGAAAGGCUCCCAAAGAAACCCACAAACCUCAUCCGCAUCCAGCAGCACCCUCAUCCAUCGUAUCCUCCUUCGACCACUUCCAGAAAGUCUUUGCCUCCGGUCCCCACUUCCACCCCGAAAAGCUCUCCUCUCCUCAAUCCUCUUCCUCCUCGUCCGAAUCCGGCAGCGGGAGUGGACUGCUCGGAAACGUAGACAUGAACGAUCGCGAAGUGGCGGAAGACAUCCACCUGUUGCCGGAGAGGUUCUGGAGGACGCCGGCGCUCACCUUCUCAGAUGCUGAGAUGGAAGCAGUCAUGACUGGAGGAGCAAACUGA